ACUAGGAGUAUCUUUCGUUGUAAACACAUUAAAGUUUUUUUUUUCUUUUCUAAACAGUGUCGUUUUACGGCUUUAAAUUUGAGACGUCUAUGUCCCAACUAACUCCGUCUUGCUGGUCAGACUAUACAUGGGCACAUGGCAACCAACAAUAAACGCAUGCACACCUACUAGCUACUACCAUUAUAUUAUCUUCUUCAGCAUUAUCCAGCGGUAGUUAAGGCCCAGAAGAAAGAAGUGUGUUUUAACACCGCCCUAACAAAUGAACAACGAGGCGAUUUUCCGGGUCUUGGUUUGCUGGUUAGCGGCGGCCGCCGUGUUGACCGGGAUCUACACUCACUCUUUCAAGAAAACGGCGUCCACUUACAUAUUUGGGAUGUUUGCCAUCUGCGGCGUGCUCUUGCCUGACUGGGAGUUCUUCGACCGUGGCUUCACCCACUGGCUCACUCCUGUACAAGUCGAUCAUGACCCCUGCCCGAAAUCUCUGGGGAAAUCAUCUUCUCCGGCCAGGUUUAGAUUGCAACCGAUGAGAUUGGCUGUUUACAUCACCGUAUACGGCUUUGCUUUUUACAAAUGGUGGAACUUCAUUAUCUCAACCUAAAUUAGCUUUUAUACACCACCUCUCAGCCAUGAUGUAUAUGAAUUGCCAUGACACUUAGCUUUAUGUUAUGUUAUUAUUGUAUCAUUGUAUGUAAAGUCAAAUCAUUAUUUUAUGAGUCUAACUAGAUAAACUUACAUUUUAA